UAAAACAGGAAUAGAUGACUCAAUACAGGUUAUUUUGUUCUUCACUUUUGCAAGAGAGCCAUCUAGUGGUUGACGUGCCAAACGGGCGUGUGUUUUGUGUGUGCUAGUGAUUUGAAAAACAAAUAUAAUGCCUGGUCGUCCUAUUUGGCAGUGUGCCGGCAAGCGCGAGCCAGAAAAAGAAAUCGAAGCACAAAGAUGGAUUGAAGCUGUGAUUGGUGAACGGUUUCCAUCUGACCUACCCUACGAGCUGGCAUUACGCGACGGCAUCAUUCUUUGCAAGCUGAUGAACAGGUUGCAACCAGGAAUCAUUUCGAAGGUCAAUGUUUCCGGUGGGGACUAUAAACUUAUGGACAAUAUAAGCCAAUUCCAGAAAGCUUGCGUAAAGUAUGGAGUACCAGAUGUAGACCUUUUCCAGACAACUGAUCUUUGGGACCAGAAGAAUAUUGCGCUUGUAACUCAAACUGUUUUCGCCGUCGGCAGAACGGCCUACAAACACCCAGAAUGGCGCGGUCCUUUCCUAGGUCCCAAGCCAGCUGAAGAAAAUCGACGUGAAUUCAGCGAAGACGUUCUUCGUGCCGGAAAUGCUGUCAUCGGCCUACAAGCUGGAACAAACAAACUAGCUUCGCAGUCCGGACAAAGCUUUGGCGCUUCUCGUAAAAUUAUUCUUGGAAAGUAAUCUGUGGUUAUUUUGUACUCGGUCUAUCAUCUGUGGUUUUAUAUGUUGUUAUUAGAAUUUUCUUUAAAAUUAAUAGUUAUGUUUCAUAUAAAAAAUACUCUAGUUUAUUUAUAGAUUAUUAUAUUAAUGAAAUAUACUCACAUUAAUGUUCCUAGAUAAAUCAUGAAAAAUUCUACUAAAGAUGACUUCUAUUUUAUGUGUAUAUCUACUAGUAUUUGUUAGUAAAAUCUGAGACAUUAUUUUUAAAUAUUCAAAAUGUAUAAAAAUAAUGUAAUCAUACAUAUAAAAAAUCCAAAUUUAAAGUAAACAAUAUGCUGUAAUAAAUAAUAGAUUAUCCCAUUGUGUAUGAUUCGUGUCUAUAUACGUAUAUGUUUUAGAUAUUAGACUGAAGUUCUAAAAACUAAGAUAUAUAUCCUUAGGAUGGUUAAGGAGCGGGUAAUUAAAAAAACUUUAGCAUGAAAUAGUUAUAAGCGCCACUCCAGAAGUAAUGAUGCAGAUCUUCACUAUAUAUUUUUUAUGUGAUGUAGGUAUUGUGAUUUUUUUAAAUAAAGAUAAAA